AAAGAGUGCGUCAGUGCGCCUGCGUACUGCUUGGAGACGCAGCCCUUCCUGGUCACAUGACACAUGGGUGGCUGAAAACACGUCCGUGGUCGCUGAUUGUUGACAAUAUCAUAAUUUUCAGAUGGCAGGCUGAGUCCCGAGAGUCAUGUCCCUCCCAGCCCCUCGCUCCACCUCAGGGUUCACCUUCGAGUCGGCCGUGCACGCCGCCCACGUCCUGCGCCGCCUGGACGAGCAGCGGCGGCGCGACGCGCUGUGCGACGUCACCGUGGCGACGGGCGACCAGCACUUCCGCGCGCACGCCGCGGUCCUGGCCUCCUGCAGCGACUUCUUCCACGGGCGCGUCAGCGGCCUCACGGGGAGCCACGCCGUCAUCACCCUGCCGGAACAGGUUACGGCAGAAGGCUUCGAACCUCUGCUGCAGUUCGCCUACACCUCCAAGCUGCUCUUCACCAAAGACAACAUCCAUGCCAUUCACCAGAGCGCAGAAGCCCUGGGCUUCCACAACAUGGAGAGCGCCUGCUUCAACUUCCUCCUGCCCAAGUUCUCCAGCAGCCAAACCCCCGUCAAGGAAACUGACAGAAGAAGAUGCUGUCAGACUAGGCCUCCCGCCCUUAAGCGUGGAAUGAAGACCGGCGAAGCGGAGAGAGGCAAAACCGUGCCUUCGGAAGACCCCCGGAUCGUGUUCCCAUCCCAGUGUCCCCUAAACCCCCAGCCCAGCAUGUCGGGAGAAGAAGAAGAAGAAGAAGAAGAAGAAGACGGGUUCUGUCUGGAGACCUACGCCUCUCGCAUGCCAGGGAUUACGGGCGAGGGUGUGUGUCCGAUCCUGUCCCUGCCUUGCCCUGAGGCGACCGCCAACACCACAGCCACCACCACCACCACCACCAGCACAGAGCCAGAUCUACCCUCUUCGUUCUGCCAAAGAGACCUUCUGGAUCUGGGUGUCGAGUCCGAUGAACACACCCUGGACUUGCCGCUCUGCAGCCUUCGCUGCCCCAUGUCCACCUCCUCCUCUCCGGCCCUGCUCAGUGUGACCCCUGCCGACCUUCUCGAUCCCGCCGGGGGCCCCACGGGCCCCAACAACCCCAACCAACCCGCGGAGACCAUGGGCGCCGAGAUCGAGUGCAGCCCCGCCUCUUGUUGCCUCGUCACGGCCGAGACCCACCGCGUCCCCCCCACGGCCGGGCUCCCGGAGCGGGGGGCGGGGGCGGGGCUGGCGGGGGCCGGCGUGGAGGACCGAUCCGGGCUGGACGACGUGGGUCUCCCGGAGCCCGCCGCAGGGCUCCCGCCGGGCCUGGACCUGACCCAGGAGGACGUGGUGGCGUGCGGGCAGAGGAGCAGCGUGGAGAGGGAGGUGGCGGAGCACCUGGCGACGGGCUUCUGGCCCCACCUGGACCCGGCGGACCCCGGGGACCAGGGCACCAUGGCCAAGGCGGCCGACUUCCACUGGCUGAAGCAGCUGGACCUGAGCUCCAGCACCGGGGACUGCCCCUUCCUCCGAGACCUGGGCGGCGUGGGGGACGUGCCCGGCGACGUGCCCGAGGCCGCGGCCGGCGUCGAUGGCCUGUCGCUCUCGGAGAGGAGCCCCUACAUGUCGUCGUCCCUGAACUCCGCCGACGACUCGGACGUGGACACGGAGGAGGACGACAAGGGCGGAGAAGUGGUGGCUGAGGUGCAGCUGCCCUUCCCUGUGGACCUGAUCGCCCGCCUGAGCCGCAGCGCCUUCCAGCAGCUCCUGCGGCAGCACAAGCUGUCCGCCGGGCAGCUGGAGUACGUCCACGACGCCCGCCGUCGCAGCAAGAACCGCGCGGCGGCGCAGCGCUGCAGGAAGAGGAAGCUCGACAGCAUCCAGACGCUGGAGGUGGAGAUCGACACACUGCAAGAGAAGAAGAGGCGGAUGAUGGAGGAGCACGUCCAGCUGGAGCAGGACCUGGGCACCGCCCGACGCAACCUCUCCAAGCUCAGCAAGACCGUCGGCGAGCAGUCGGACCCCCAGCAAGACCACCUUCAGCUCCUCGCCAAGGUCUCCACCGCCGACUGCCCUGCGUCUUCCCUCCUCAUGAAGCCGGGUCAGGAAGAACCGUUCCCCGACCCCGACCCCGACCCCCAGGCGCUCCUUGGCAUCCCGGGGGGCCCUCCACCCCCCUCGACGUGGAGCCCCGGCAGCGGGUCGCUCCCAGCCCAGGACCCUCAGGCCUUCAGCUGGGGGACGGAGUCGGAGGAGGCUGCAGGGUCUUCGGAGGCCUGACCCGGCCUCCGGCCCCCGGCAGGAACGCUGGUCUCUGGCCGACGCCCUUUAGACUCAGGAUGUGCUUGAGUCCAGAGAGGGGGACGAGGGGGGGGCGGUCUUAGAAAGGACUCCUCAUCCCCCUUCGUGGUGCUCCUGAAUCCUCAGUAUUGAGACGGCACUGUACCGUCUCAACUCUUUUUAGUUGGUCACUUUACUCUGCACAGGGAAGUUUCCCACCACUCAGUUGGUUUUAUGCAUUUCAGCACAGUUAAAAUGCAGAGAACAGUAUUAUAUUUCUGAUGUUUUAUCUUUAUAACGGUUGUGACGUCCUUGUACUUUUGAACGUGCACGUGUGCAAGAGGUUCCCUUUAAAUUGUCUUCGGACACGUUUUAGUAAAACAGUUUUCUUCUCUCAGGGAAAAGUAGACCACCUCUGAAGAGAUUAUGGAUGCAAUUACUGUUUAAACUCUUCCUACUCUCUCACUCUCUCUCACUUUCUCUCUCGUGUGUAAAAUGAAAGGCAAAUUUUGUACAUCAAAUCUAACAUAUAUAUAUAGAUAGGAGAUCAUAUUAUAUGUCGCAUAUUUUUAUGUCAACCACUUAACAUUGUCCUGCAUUAUCACCUAAACCACGUUAUCAUCGAUUUUGGAUGCUAUGUCACAGCUGACGGAUUUCUCCUCUGAGUAAAUUGAAUCUUGGAUGUAGCAUUUGAAGUAUUAAUUCUGGGAAUUAGAUGCAAUGCGUUUGAAAAAGUUGAGUCUAGUUUGAAACGGUUUCAGUGAGGAAAUCUGUUACAUUACAUAGCUGUUUAAAUAUAGUUUACUGUAGUUAAUGAACCAUGUAUUAAAUGCCAGUUAUCCAG